ACGAGGGGGACGAGGCCGAUGCGGCCGCGCCGGCGCUGCCCUCGCCGCUGUUCCCGGCUCUCGGUGCUGCCGAAGGGGCGGCCGGAGCCCGGGGUGUGAUGGCGGCGAUGCUGUCCCACGCCUACGGCGGAGCCCCGGCCGUGGGCGGCGAGCAGGCGGCGCUGCUCCGCAGGAGGAGCGUCAACACCACCGAGUGCGUGCCCGUGCCCAGCUCCGAGCAUGUGGCCGAGAUCGUGGGGCGCCAGGGCUGCAAGAUCAAGGCGCUGCGGGCCAAGACCAACACCUACAUCAAGACUCCGCUGCGCGGGGAGGAGCCGGUGUUCGUGGUGACCGGGCGGCAGGAGGACGUGGCCGAGGCCAGGAGGGAGAUCCUGUCGGCGGCCGAGCACUUCUCGCUGAUCCGGGCGUCGCGCAGCAAGGGCGGCGCGGCGGCGGGAGGGCCGGGCUGCUCUCCGGCGCUGCCGGGGCAGACCACGGUGCAGGUGAGGGUCCCGUACCGCGUGGUGGGGCUGGUGGUGGGCCCCAAGGGAGCCACCAUCAAGCGCAUCCAGCAGCAGACGCACACCUACAUCGUGACGCCGAGCCGCGACAAGGAGCCCGUGUUCGAGGUGACGGGCACGCCCGAGAACGUGGACCGGGCUCGCGAGGAGAUCGAGAUGCACAUCGCCGUGCGCACCGGAGCCUUCCUGGAGCUCGGCGACGACGGCGGCUUCGAGGGCGGCCCCGCCCGCCCGGGCGCUCGCCCCGCGUCCAGCGCCCGCUGCGGCGCCGGGACGGGCUCCGGCUACCGCAACGACAGCUCCGGCUCCCUGGGCAGCGGCUCCACCGACUCCUGCUUCGGCGGCGGCCGGCCGGCCGACUUCAGCCCCGCCAGCCCCUUCGGCGCCGGCGGGUUCUGGUUCGGCGAGGAGCCGGCCCCGGACUCGCCCCUGCCCGCGCCCUCCCCGACGGUCUGGGCCCCGCUGGGGACCGCGGCCGCCCCGUCCGGGCCGGGCGGCUCCAGGGCCCCCCCGCUCCAGGGCGGCCGGCCGCCCACUCCCCGCCUGUCUCCCACCUUCUCCGACAGCCUGGAGCACCCUCUGGCCCGGCGGGUCCGCGGCGAGCAGCCGGGGCCGCCCGUCCCCGUCCCGGCCUUCUCCAGCGGUACCAACAGCUACUCCUCGUCCAACGGCGGCUCCGCGUCCAGCUCGCCCCCCGAGUGCCGGCGCAAGCACGACUGCGUCCUGUGCUGGUUGGGCGAGGCCACCGCCGCCCUCGUGCCCUGCGGCCACAACCUCUUCUGCCUGCGCUGCGCCGGCAGGAUCUGCCACGGGGACGCGCCCGCCUGCCCCGUGUGCCGGAGCGCCGUCACCCAGGCCAUCCAGAUCCACUCCUGAGCGCCUUCCCCUGGUCCUGAGCGCCUUCCCCUGGUCCUGAGCGCCUUCCCCUGGUCCUGCCCGCCGCGCUGCGAGUGGGCCGUGAUGCCGCUUGCGGCGAUCUGCGGGGGGAGGUUCCGCCCCUUGCCCGCAGCUGGAAAACGGAGCCGAGGAGGUUCCGAGGAGGCUCCGUGGAGGCUCCGCGCCCACCCGAGCCGGCGCCUCCGCUCAGCUGUUCCGGGGCCGGGAUCCGCGAUUCCCGCAGGGAUCCCCAGGGAUCGCGCGUCCCGGCUCCGCUGUCUCCCCCUCACCCUGCUCCUCUCGCGGCGCUGACAUUCCGUUCGCUCCUCCCUUCCCAAAUCUCCUUUUCCUGCCGCCCCCCACCCCCCGCGCACACGCACCCCCGAGAGCCCGCGGGCCCCAAAGAUGCGAGGAGUUCCACGGCCCUGCACCUGCUGCACAGAGACACGUUUUGUUUUCCAGCCAGGGGAAGGGAAAACGCGGGGAGGGAGUUGUCCUCGUCCUUUUCUCAGCCCCGCAAUCAGCUCGCUUCAUUUCGAAAAACGCCUUUGACAUCACGAGUUUUGAAAAGAGAAAAGAAAAUCAAAACAAAACAAAAAAAAACACAAAACAAAAAAAAAACCCAACGAAACAAUAUGAAAAACAAACAAAAAUACUAAGUGGAGUGCUGGUGGAUUUUUUUCUAUAUAUAUAUAUAUAUUUUUUUUUUUUUUGGGAGCAUUAUUUUCCUAAGACAAAGCUUUUUUUUUUCUCAGUAUAAAGAAAAAAACAAACAAAAAAAGAUGAAAUCACACCUACCUUGAACUAGCAGAGGAACACUUUAUUUUUUAUUUCCACUCGAAGAAGAGUUACAUUUCGUACUAAAAGUUUACAGGCAACGGUUUGUGGAUUUUUUUGGUGGGGUUUUUUGGUUUCUUGGUUUUUUUUUUCUCCGUGAUUCCGAGUGCUGUCUGAGCCCCCAGGCCACAAAAUUUGCUAAUUUUGCUACACUUUUUGUUAUGUAUAGGUGGGGAGGUCGUAGGGGUUACAGAUCCAAUUUGAGUAAAAGUUUAAACAAAAAAAAAAAAAAAUAAAACAACAAAAAAAAUUUCAAAAUCCUUAUAUUUUAUGAUAAAGGGCCUUUAACUUAUGAUGGCCAAAGCACUGAUAUUAUAUAUUUGCUGUAAAGAGAAAGAUAAGAGUUUUAUUUUUCUGAUAUUAAAAGUUAGUUAAUUAAGAUCUGUUUCCAUUAACUUGUAGGGUUUUUUUUGCAUUGCUCUGAUUUGGGUGUGGGGGUUCCUGUGAGGGAUUUGGGUCUGGGGGUUCUGUGUGAGGGAUUUGGGUCUGGGGGUUCCUGUGAGGGAUUUGGG